AUGAUGUUUGUACCUGUCACCCUUGCUACUGUGACUGACUGUUGUUGUGUGGCCCCUGCCAGCGAAUCAUUCUCCAGCCCGUUGCUGGCAAACCAAGAGUCAAGGAUCAUGGGCAGCAUUGACAAGGAGUCCGAUAAUUUUGUGGACGCACUCGAUGUGCCUCUGUCUGAUGCUGUUGGCCCACAAGCUGGUUAUACAGACGAUGGCAUGAGUCCCCGGGACUCUAACUGCUCUUAUGACAAGGGUGAUGGUACUGAGAAGGGCAAGAAUGAGAUACAGUACAGCACGCCAGGAGGGUCUCCUUUGCUGGACAGAUCACCUGACCUUCCAGUGUCCACAGGGUACUGUACGCCUUGUGGGAGCCCUCCAAACAGCCGUGCUCCACCAGGAGACGCAUUUCACAGCUCCAAGGCUCCAGGCCGCUCACUGAUUAACAUCGGCAAACAAGGUUGUGAAAAUCAGAACUCAGGGAGUGUCCCAAACAGCGAAAUAGCUCCGGCUGACAGCGGCUCUGGCGUUGUAGCGUCUUUGGCAUCCAUGGAUUUGGGCUCUCUUAUGCCCAUUCGGUUCGCAAAGGCUGAUGUCACUGAUGAUUCAUACCUAUCCACUCCUGCCUCAUCUACAUCCAGUCAUUCAGGCUAUCCAAGGCAGAGGCGAUCUUCCAGCUCUGCCAGGUUCAGUGAGGACUUGAGAUUUGAAGAAGCAAGGGCACAAGAAAUCCGGGCGAAUGCACUUGGAAGGUCACUGUCUGAGAUUGCCACUGAGGUACUCAAGGGUGGUGAGGGCAAGGGCCUUUCGCCCCUGGAGGAUGAAACCUGGAGAAAACGAGGAAAGCAUUUCUUCAUAUUCAGCAACGCUGGCAAGCCUAUUUACAGCAGGUAUGGCGACGAGGGGAAGUUGGCUGGCCUCAUGGCGAUCAUGCAGGCGAUGCUUGCAGUUGUGCAGGGCAGGGGGGACUGCGCCAAGACACUGCAGGCAGGGCGUUGCCAGAUCGUGUUCCUACUGAAGGGCCCAAUUGUCUUGGUGGGCCUAUCAAGAGUUGGAGAAAGUCCCAGCUGGGUCAGCAAGCAACUGGAGCUCAUUUUUUUCCAGAUUCUGUCUCUUGCUACUGGUGCUCUGCUUCGCGUAUUGGAACGGAACCCAGGCUCAGAUGUGCGGAAUCUUGUGAAGGGCAGCCAAGGAAUGCUGGAGUCGUUGAUAAAGGGCUUCAGCAGCAAUCCAUCCUACCUCCUUGAGGCCUUUUGCCCUGUGAGGAUGAUGGCUGAGCUGAGGUCAACGGCAGCAGACACUCUGGACAUGGCUGUGAAGCACUGCGGCGCAAAGUGUGGGAUUCUGUUGGCCUCAGGCCAGCUUGUGGCCUUAGCCCAAGACAAGAAUGCCCCACUCCACGUUCAGGACCUCAUCCUUCUUGUGAAUUUUGUGGUGUCUAACAGCCAAUACAGGGAAAGGGGGGGAGCUGAGUUCAGCACACCCAUCUGCAUGCCCCACCUCCACAUGACAGCAUUUCUGCACGCCUACGUGUACUGCAUGGACCCAGAGGCUGGUGUUGUCGUCAUUCUGCUCAUGACUCGGCAGGACACCUUUCAUUUGGGUUCUGCUGCACGUGUGGGUAUGGAAAAGGUUUUGAGGGAUGCAGGUGUACUCCGGGUGCUUAGGGGUAUGCCUGGUGGCCGCCCUGGAGGCCAGGUGCAGAUAGAUGAGCUCCCUUUAGUGGCAGGUGGGGGACAAGCAUCGGUGUCUCCUUUGCUGUACUUCGUUUUCAGGACGAAGUCAAGGACGUGCCCACAGUUUGUGAGUUCCAAGCCAGGCACCCUGCUGCAGGACACCAGCAAUUUCAAACACAUGUUGCGGUCUCUGUCCUGCGUCCACUCUGCCAUGUUUGAAGGUCGAACCUCUCCAUCACUUCCUGUGCAUCAGAAUCAUUGGAGACUGGACGACCAUUACGCUAUCUAUGCGCAAGUCGAUCAAGACUGGGAUUGCUACCUGGUGUGUGAUGCUCUAGCAGACAAAGACGUUGCUGUCAGGAUAUGCAAAGAGCUUUCCAAGUAUCUCUUGGCCGAACAGAUGCGUGCAGAGCUGUUUAUAAACAGCUGA